UGUUUUCAGAGGACUAAACCAAAGUCGUCUCCUUUUAACACAGUUUCAAUUUAGACGACGAACGGUUUUUAUGUCGUCAAAAUGAAGAGUGAUAGAAACAACAGACUGAAGCUCGUUAUAUGUCUUAUAUUGUGGAAGGCAUUUCCAGUACUCACUCAAUUUAGUAGAGGUUGUGGCAGUUGUUUCUGUGUUGAUAGUGUACCGGAGGAAAGCUGUGUUAAUGGUUACUGUUAUGAGUUCCGUGGAACACCCUACUGCAGAUGCUAUGAUGGAUACAAAGGAAAUCGCUGUCAAUUCAUGGUGGAGAGUUUCCAGUUUAGAGAUCCAUGCAACCCCAACCCUUGUAUGAAUUUUGGAUACUGUCAAGAGUAUCAAGAUUCCUACCUGUGUACAUGUGUGACUGGUUUCACUGGAAUUAACUGCCAAGAUGUGACUACUGCGAGUCCAUGUGAUGGCGUUUAUUGCAGUAAUGGGAAGACAUGUGUAGCUUUACAGCUUGGAUACAUCUGUGUUUGAAUUGAGCUGAGAGACACAAAGCUUUCUCAAUAGAUAUUGACAAAAUGGACUUGAUGCUUUGCUGACAAAAUCAAAUCAAGAUUUUCGUUUUAGUCUAAUAAAUUGAGGUCCCGAUAAAGCUCCCUUUCUAUUCUUACAAUCAGUGGACUUUAAACACGAGGAGGCCUACUUUAAGAUGUCGUUUGUUCAUUUAAUCACAACAAUGAGGUGUGAGGCUAAAUUUAGUUUUUGGGGUUUCUAAUUUGGGGAAAAACCCAUUUAACUCUAAGGAAAUAAUACUGCUGGUACAUUCGUAUUGUAUAGUUCCUGUCUUAUGGUAAACUAUUUGAUUCUCUGUGGUUCUCUGAUUGAUGUAUUUUCCAGGUCCCUCCCGGGAGGUUUAACCUUCUGACUAUGGCACAUGUUGGUUAAAGCUGUAACUUAUUUUCACGUAGGCCCUAUCUCACAAUAACACUGUUUUACCAUGGAGCAAUAAACUAGUUUAUUUGCUCCAUGGUUUUAUAUAUGUACCAUUACAAUGUGUCAAUAAAAAAACACUUUCAUUA